GAUGACGAAGCUUGUGAAAGUCUUAACAUCAAAAUCAAGUUGAUGAAAAUGUGAAUGAUAAGAAAGAAGUUGAGGGUCAACUGGAGGAAGGUCGACUAGAGGAAGGUCAACUGGAGGAAAGUCAACUGGAGGAAGGUGAGAUUUUAGAUGACAGUGAUGAAGAUGUUGUUGUGGAGGCUGAAGAAAAUAUUGACCAAGAUGCCAAUGUGCAGGAAGAAAAUGAAAAAGCCCCCCAAAAAGAUACUGAGAUACGAAAAAAGACGUACUUUGUACAUGAUGAUCGUUGGAUGGAUGGCUUUGAAGAAGAAAGGAGUAAUGCGAGAAACCGAAAACUUUGGGACAAAACAGACCUGAAAUGGGAACACGAUUUGUAUGUGGAAAGUGAGCAAGGUCCAAAAACAAAGGAAGAACUGGAGGAAUCAGCGCGAUUUGUUCAGUCUUUUGGCAAUAGACCACCAGGAAGACGUCAUCGGAGAACAUUAAACGAUUUUAUGAAAGGUGAUAAUAAAGGAAGAUUUGAGAGGAGAAAGCAGAUGUACAGUGGUGAAAGAACUGCUAGACGUCCUCGAAAAGAUUACGAAAGCUUCAGGACCGAGAAUGAACACAGGCGAGCGGAUCACGGUAGGACGGAAAGGGAACAUUCGGAGCAAAAACAAUAUAUACCGAAAAGGAACGAAAGAGGACCACGUCGUGAUGGAGCAGAUAAUACACGAGAUACAAACAGGGAUAAUGAUGGAACAAAAGGUGAAAGGGGAUCACGUCAUGAUGGAGGAGAUAAUACACGUGAUACAAACAGGAAUCUUGAUGGAAAAAGAGCUGAAAGAGGAUCACGUCGUGAUGGAGCAGAUAAUACACGUGUUACAAACAGGGGUAAUGAUGGAACAAAAGGUGAAAGAGGAUCACGUCGUGAUGGAGGAGAUAAUACGCAUCAUGCGAACAAGGAUAAUGAUGAAACAAAAGGUAGAGGAGACAGGAAAAGCUGGGAUAGCCGCGAAAGGAGAGAACAGAAUAAGAUGGAGAGAUCCGGAGGGGGGAGAAGGGAACAAGAAGUUAGAGUAUCGAUGUCUAAUAAUGAGUCAAGAGAAAGAAAAGAAAACAGUGGAAAGCAAGACAGGCGAUACGGGAGAGAUAGACGAGAUCGCGAACCACCACGAGGAAGGUAUAGGGACAAACGUGGAUUUGGUGCUAUCAGUGAUGAAGGUGCUGAUGGUCAGACAUUAAAAACUGAAAAUGGAGGCAUUGAAAAGACUGAGGAGAAUCGGAAGAAUGAUGUAAAUAAUGAACAGCCCAAUCAGGAAAAAAGAACUGGAGACGUUUAUAGGGAUACUAACGUGAAAAUACAAAAUGGAAAUGUUGAAAAGGCAACACAACCGGAGAAGAGUGAAAUAGCUGUGACUAAAGACGAAAAAUCACCACAGAAAAGCAACCACGCUGCUCCCAGCUCUCGUAAAUGGAGUGAAAUGCGCAGUCAUGGCUAUGGUCGAGGUAAACCUAUUCAUAAGCCGAAGAAAAGUGCUGCUGAUUUUGCUAGGGAGGUUGAGUUACAAAAGGGUCAAGACAAAAAAAAUGAAGGUGAAGCAACACCGGAAUUUGAAUCUGAAAGGUAUUCAGAUGCUACAGAAACGAAUGAAAAGUCUACCGUAGACGAUGUUCAAACAGAACAACUUGAAUCCUCCUCUUCGGGACGAAAGCGCUACUCUGCCCAGCGCCAAAAGCAGCCUCAACUCACUACAGCUAAUUCCGCUCAAAAUGACACAGUUUCCGAAACGACCCCUCGAGAAACCCAAAUUGUGUAUCUCACUCCUCAAGGAUAUCCUGCACCGAUGUUUUAUCCACAGCAACACUCAAUGCCAUCUCAAGACAUGAACUCGACUAGGCCUUAUAUGCUUCCCAGCCAUCCAUAUCCGAUGCCACCCUCAGCAAACACCCCCGGCCCUGGUGGAGAAUUUGUCCCUUACGAUCCAAACACUGGCCUAGUUUAUGCUCCUCAGCCGUAUCCAAUACUACCAACUAUGCAACCCUUCAUCUCACAACCGGUCUAUCCCUCGGAUAUUAAUAUUGGAGGACAACACUUACCGAUGCAGCAGCAAAUUGUCAUUCAGCCACCACAACCUGUUCAAGUUGGUUCGUCAAGGCCAAAGGGAACCUCCGCUAUUCCUAUCAAGUCACCGCAAAACGAGACGGUGCAAGCAAACAACUAGUUGGGAAAUGGCUGAUGAUUUCUUAGGUAUAGCAACGAAGAGAGAUUUUAAGGUCGACAAUCAGCCAUUCUUUUCCUGACAUCUUGGCAGAUCACUCAAAUUCGUGCGCAGCGAUGGAGAUCUGUUUAUCUUCAAAAAGAUAAUGGCAUUAGAUCCAUUAAUCACAAAAGCAUGCCUGCACGUCUUGAUUCCUACUUGUUCCUGACGUUUCUCUUCUAGAAUGAGGAAAAAUAUCAUAUAUUUUGACGAUACUCUUUUUGUUUAAGUAUUAAAUAUUCUAUGCUUUGCUUGUGCAAUGUAUUGUGGUAAUAAUUAUUGGAUUUUUAUUUUUCA